CCAAGGAGGCGAGAGUUCGCGAGAGUCCCGCAAGCCCGACUGACCCCGCGAUAUUCUUAGUCCCUACACUGGUCCGCUUAGCACUCGUGACCCUCAUGGCACUACAAGUUGACUCCCGAUAAUGGGAGUCCCGACUACCGUUCUUGUAGGACCAGUAACGUCUAUUCCUGGAAGGGGUGCGGGGAGCUAGUGCGGGGUAUUGUUGGUGAUGUGUAUAUAAGAGCUGGCAUCACAGGACUCAUGUACGAGUUCCACUAAGCAUUGCACUACCGAAACAAUGGGUCUUCCUACCAGUCAAAAAGCCGCCGUGAAGCAGGGAGAGGGCAAAUCGUCCACAGCACCAGUCAAAGAUGUCCCAGUCAAGGAGCCAGCUCCUGGUCAGAUUCUCGUGAAAAUUAAUUGGACUGGCCUUUGUGGAAGUGAUAAGUCGCUUAUCUACGACGAAUGGGCUACGCAGGGACUCCGUAUGACGCCUGACACAUGCGGUAUUGCUGGCCACGAAGGAGCGGGAGAAGUUGUUGCUGUUCACGACGACGUCAAGGACCUCUGGAGCAUUGGAGAUCGCGCAGGUGUCAAAUGGGUCGCUAGUGUGUGCAGAAAGUGUGAGUUCUGCACAAAUGGCACAGAUGAGUUACAAUGCCCUAAACAACUCAACUCUGGAUUCUCGAUCCAAGGUACCUUUGCGGAGUACUGUUUGACAGAUGCCCGUUACGCUACCAGGCUGCCGGAGGGGGUAUCAGACGAAGAGGCAGGCCCCAUUCUGUGUGGUGGAGCAUAUACAGCUUGUAAGCGGAGUGCUGUCCGUCCAGGCCAGUGGAUCGUUCUCCCGGGCGCUGGUGGUGGUUUAGGCCAUCUUGCCGUGCAGUACGCCAAGGCAAUGGGAAUGAGGAUCAUUGCUGUUGAUGGCGGCGAUGAUAAGGGCAAGCUUUGCAAGCAACUUGGUGCAGAGCACUAUAUUGACUUCCUUACCUGCAAGGACGUCGCAGCUGAGGUGAUGAAACUUACAACCUUUGGAGCUCAUGGUGUCAUCGUCUUUGCCGCGACGAAGGAGGCCUAUGGAUCAGCUCCGAAUUUCCUUCGCCCAGGUGGUACGGUUGUUGCGGUUGGUUUGCCCAAGGAUGAGACCAUUAUUGCCGGAGCAUCACCUUUGACGCUAGUUCUUAAGAGACUGAACAUCGUCGGUAGUGUCACAGGCACCUUGAAGGAGGUCGAAGAGGCGCUUGACUUCACGGCCCGUGGCCUGGUCCGACCCAUACUCACGAAGGGCACUUUGGAGGAUGUGGAUCGCUUCCUGCAGCUAUUGGAUCAAGGCAAGCUCCCUGGUAGAGCAGUGCUCAAGAUUUCCGCUUGAUUGGAUGCGAAAAUAAGUCUGCAUGUUAGAGUACCUGCUUUGGAGGGCAGCUAGUUGUUGGAACUCAAUUAAGAUCUCCUUGGUGUUCUCCUU